CACCUAACUACAGAACUCAGGAACAGCAUACCUUUAUGUGACUGACACUUCUGUCUGACCCAGGAUAUUGCCCUGGGUGGCAUAAUCUCUCAUCCCUGUGCUUGUAUAAGGAACACAAAGACAUCUCAGAAUCCUGCCAACGCAGCUCAGAACAGAGUUGGGAAUUUCUUUUAGGCCACGAGUGACGGACCUGAAAAGAACUCCUUCCUAAGAUGGUGACUCAGCAAACAGGUCUAGAUACAAAUUCACUUAUGAAUAAUGAGACACAUAAAAGUUGUUUGCCUUCUCUCCAAGAGCAGCCCCAAUGUCUGCAGGGUCUUCUGGAGCCAAGCCCACUGAUGACAAUUAAAGUCCAGGAGUUCCACCCUGAAGCAGAUGUAAACACCUAUCCUCUCUUACGUCUAGGGAUCAUCAUUUUUAUUAUUUUCCUGUGCAAAAACGAAUAUUGUAAUAGUGGUGAACUUAGGAAAGAAAAUGGUGAACUUAGGAAAGAAAAUGGUGAACUUAGGAAAGAAAAUGGUGAACUUAGGAAAGAAAGUGGUGAACUUAGGAAAGAAAAUGGUGAACUUAGGAAAGAAAAUGAAAAAUUUCAAAUGGAAAUUGAUCAAAGAAGAACCCAAUUUAGGAAUGGCUGGCAGAAGGCAUCAUUGUACCCCGACUGGAGGAAAGAAUUUUUCCAGGCUGUGAAUGUUAUUCUGGAUCCAGCCACAGCCCAUGCUGCCCUCGUCUUGUCUGAAGGCAACAAAUGUGUAACCUGUGGAGAGGAAUCUCAAGAUCUACCUAAAGAUCCACAGAGAUUGAAUUCCCUUCCCUGUGUUCUGGGUCACUCAGUAUUCACCUCAGGGAGGUGGUACUGGGAAGUAGAUGUCAGAGACAGUGGAGCCUGGGACCUGGGAAUAUGCAGGUCUAAUGUAAUGAGGCAGGGGAAGAUUUGUGUGAAACCUGAGAAUGGUUUCUGGGCCAUCAGGUCUUACAAGGAUGAGUACUGGGUACUCACUUCUCCAGAAAUGCAGCUUACUCUAAAAGAGCACCCUACCAGAGUGUGUAUUUUCUUAGACUAUGAAGGUGGAUGUAUCUCAUUCUACAAUAUGAUGGAUAAAUCCCACAUUUACACCUUCUCUCAAGGUCCUUUUAAUGUGUCUCUAAGGCCUUUUUUCAGGCUUUGGCUUGGUUAUUCAAAAAGUUUGACCAUCUGUCCAGUGCCCAAUGCAUAAUCCUUACUGUGGUCCCUCUCCUGUAUUAGGAGCAUCCUACGACCUGCAGGUCAGUGUAGAUUGAAGCAUGAGGUCAUGACAUGAAUUCUCCUAUACCAAAAGCAAAUUAUUUUUUUGAAUCUUCUUUCUGGUUCUCCCUAACAUUUUAUCUCCUUCAUAAAUGACUCCCCAAAGGCAUGGGAUGGCGUGUUAAAGUAUGUUACUUAUGCUAUGUUUAAAGAAAAUAUAUAUAUAUAUAUAUAUAUACACAUAUACAUACAUUCAUAUAAUAUAAUCAUAUUCAUAUAGAUAUAUAUGUAUAUACAAUAUAUAUACACACUCAUAUAAUCACAUUAUUAAACACAUUAUAUACUCACAUUAUUACCAUUAUUACUAUAAAUGUACACAAGGAACUAGUCUGUGUGAUUGCCCAUACAAUGUUGAAAUUUCUUUCAUAUCUGACAAAGGCAGGGAUAGGAGAAUAGCCUUUUAUUUUACACUCUUUUGUACCUUUUGGUUUUGUACUAUGUUUAUAAAAUGAUAUGCAAAAAAAUAAAGUUAGUUUCAAAUACAUGAAUAA